AGGAAAAUGUUGCGCCAGUAAAGUUUGAACCGAGCUUGCAGUAAUAUGAAAUAAUUUUGUUGCGAUUAAGUAUUGCGUUUUUUCGUGAUAGUUACCAGUUCUUCGUUCCUUUUCAAAAAGUUAACUGAAAAUGUAACGCCAGUUUAUUAUAUCGCAGUCUAAAUUCGUUAUGGAAUCUGAAUCCGGAACUACAAACACAAAAAUUUCCGAUUCUGGAUACUCAAACAGCUGUAGUAACAGUAAUUCACAAAGAAGUGCAAGCUCUAAGUCUCGACACAGUGGGAGUAAUUCGAGUAGAAGUAGUGGAUAUUGUGGGACUACUAAUCCGGAUGAAAGCGGUGAAAUUGGAUUCCAACCUCCCAAACGGAACAAAGAACACAAAAAGAAAAAACCCAAGUCUGCAAAUUCUAGUACAAAUGGUGGCAACAUUUCGACAGUUACAGCAACCACACCUUCAGACAAUAGAAACACUUGUGUUAUUUUAAAGGAAGAUAGCGAACCAACCAUGGGUGUUGAAGUACUUACCAUCCCUGUUGUUGAAACAGCAGUCCCCACAACCGAGAUAGUUGAAUCAAAUGAUCCCGACCCCAGUGUAUCCCCCUCAGUGCCAGUCACAGCGGAGACACCACCUCGAGAUAAAGAAAUGUCCUGGACCGACCAACAAAGCCAGCAUACUGAAAAUGAAACACCUUUGAAUGUUCCAAAUGUUCCAAUGGAGACUUCGGUUGAGAAAAACAAAGUCACGGCUUCUCCUUCAGAGGAUGGCUUCUGCUGUGUCAUUUCUAUGUACGAUGGAGUGGUGCUAUACACAACACCGAGUCUGACGUCAGUUUUGGGCUUUCCCAAAGACAUGUGGUUAGGAAGAUCGUUUAUUGAUUUUGUUCAUCCAAAGGAUAGGGAAACUUUUUCUAGUCAAGUUACCACUGGUAUUGCUUUACCUUUAGUGGAUUCUCAAGGAAAAUUCAAAGAUAUUAAAAAUUCUCUAUAUGUUUGUCUUCGCAAAUAUAGAGGACUCAAAUCUUCCGGAUUUGGUGUGGUUGAAAAAGCAGUGGCUUACCAAGCGUUUCAACUAACUGUUACCUUUAGACACCUCAAUGACACUCCAGACUCUAAAAAACUUUUAGACACUAAUGGGGGAAUGUUUCUUGUAGUAGUAGCAAAUCCUGUAUAUUCUUCGUAUAAAGGUAAGGGUAAAAUGAGCAAAAUUUGGCAUAAGAUGUGUAUUUUAGUUCCUGAAGAAAGGGUAAAAUGUGCCAAAUUUGGCAUGAGACACACUGCGGCCUGCAUAUUCAGUCAUGUGGACCCUGACGUGGUUACAAAUUUCGGGUUUUUGCCUCAAGAUAUGUUAGGGAAAUCAAUUUUUGAUUUUUAUCAUCCUGAAGACAUGUCUUUCCUCAAAGAAGUUUAUGAAUCUGUCAUGACGAUGUGCCAAAUUGCUGGAUCGGUUUUUCGUAGCAAACCUUAUAGAUUUGCGGUGCAAAAUGGCGGUUUUGUCAUGAUUGAAACCGAGUGGUCUAGUUUCGUCAAUCCGUGGUCAAGGCGUUUGGAAUUCGUAAUUGGUCUCCACAGAGUUUUACAAGGGCCUAAAAAUCCAGACAUUUUUGACCAAAAUAAGGACGACGAGAAAAAAUAUAUUCCUGAAGAAGUUCUCAAAGAAAGUAAAGUGAUUCAAGGAGAAAUUUUAUUGUUAUUAAACAAGGAAUUGUCAAGGCCGUCUGAAGCGGCAAAACACGAGGUCUCAAAGAGAUGCAAAGAUCUUGCAAAUUUUAUGGAGUAUCUCAUGGUUGAAGUAAACAAAACUAAUUUACAACUAGACUUACCUCAAGAUACCGAUCCCACGAUUUCGGAACGUGAUUCUGUUAUGUUGGGAGAAAUAUCCCCACAUCACGAUUACUACGAUAGUAAAUCCUCGUCAGAGACACCUCCUAGCUACAAUCAAUUAAAUUAUAACGAAAACAUCCAGAGAUUUUUUCAAAGUAAACCCAAGACCACAAUUUCCGAUGAAAGUAGUGAACGGCCAAGUGCCUCAAAUGAUACAGACCCCGAAGGCAAAAUUCUGUCUUCUGUUCAACACUGUACCAACAAUCAAAAGUGUCUUUCCCCCAUCGAAAACAGCGGAGCUUCUGGAAGCGGAAGCGCCGGGAACCUAAGUUCAGUUAGCAACCCCAACAUGGAAAGUGCUACAACAAGUGCCACAAAUACCUCCAACGACUCCUACAAACCUCUCCUACUCACUGAAGCAGUUUUGUACAAACAUAACGAGGACAUGGAAAAAAUCAUGAUCAAGCGUCACCGGGAACAAAGAUCCGUCACCAGAGACCGAGAGAGUAAAAAAUCACAUCAUAAACACGAAAAAACGAAUGCUGGUGACAAAAUAUUGGAAAAAAAUGACUACUCAAAUCAAGGACAUGGGAUUAAACGCAGCGUUUCUCACUCAUGGGAAGGCGAAAGUCAUAAAAUAACCAAACACAAGCACCAAAUGGGUCGUAAUAAUAACCAAAAUCAGGAACCUCCAACACGGAUGAAGCCUCCACAAGCGCUUGUUAAUAAUGACACCAAAAACGAAACUGUGUACCAACAAGGGCUCAAUGAUGUGAAUUUGUGGCCCCCAUUUUCCGUCACUGUCACUCCAAUAAGUAACACCCAAAGCAUGAAUGUGACAUCAAAUCCGAAUCCUUUGGGAAGCCUUGCCCCUCGAAUGUUCCCUCUUUAUUACAUACCAACCCAACAGAGAGGCUUCGAAGGCAAUCUUAACGAUCCCAGAUAUCAAGUCCAAUACAUGCCAGGGAUGAUUUACAACUACAAUCCCAUAUAUCCUACUCCUCCCAUAAUCUGUUCCCCCCUUCCAGUCUUACCAAUCCCUGUCCCUCCCACGAUGUCAGUUAAUCCCGAAAUGUGCCAAAACAGCACCAUCAAUCCUCCAAAUGAUGCUUCAGCUGAGUACAAAUCAAAUCCACACAACGUCCCCCAAUUCCAAAGACCUGCCUCACAAGCCACUUCGGUUAAAGCCGAACCGGGGAGCGCUCUAGGGUCUAUAGCAUCAGCCAGUGUCGCCAAUAAGGCAAUGUCUGAGUGUUCACGUAAGGACCUGACACUUCAGUCAGUGUGUUCCCCCGAUUCUCCAUUGGUUAGUCCUCCUGAUGGGGAGACUCACAUGGAAAGUUUUCAUUUGAGCCAAAAGAUGAAUAAUCUAAACGAUCGAGCUCCUCUUUUCCGCGAUAAUAACAUUAUUGAUGAUGAAAGUUGUUUUUCGUCGUCAUAUUCCUCAUUUUUGAAGACCGAUUACGGAUCUGGAUCUAAUGACGAUGCUAACGGUUCUGAAAAAAAGGCGUCUCAAACAGAUGGCGGGACUAAAAAUCGCAAAAACGUCCCAAUUCGGAAACGAGAUCCACCAUGGCUAGAAGCUGUGUCAAUAACCCCUGAUAUUAUUUACAAAUAUCAGAUGACAAUGAAAGGUUUGGAUGAUAUCCUAGAAGCUGAUCUCAACGCGUUGAAAAAAAUUGAGCAGCCAAUACUGGUAAACGACCAAUUAAACCAGCUUUAUAUCGAAAUGGAAUUAGAGGGAUUAUCGACGAAAUUAACGUUGGAGGAAGGAGGAAUUACGUCUAGCAGCAGCGGGGAUGAAAUUAGUACCAACUCAUCAAAACCUAAGAAAAAAAAGAGGUCACAAAGUGCAGUCAUGAUGAUGUUUUAUGAAGAAAACGCCCCUCUACCCUCACCAAACAAGUCAUAGAUAAAUAGAUAGAUUUAUUUAACCAAAUGUACAAUGAGUUAUUUGUCACGUCAGAAAACUCCAAUCGACCAGAAUGUUACUAUUUUUAUAAAGUUUGCACUAUU